CUGACUGCGAGCCUCGGCCACAUGCCCGGCUUCUUCGCGUGUCAUUGCCGGGACAGGCAUCGACCACAUAUGCACAUGAAUGCUCUCUGGAGUUCAUAAUGCGCGUCGUUUCCUAAAUCCCAUCUACUUGAAUAGCUUUUCUGUCGACGACCUACAAGGAACUGUCUCCUACAACCUAUCUCCGCAUGGCUUCACGCUCCCGCCGCCGCCUCUCACGCCUCUUGGAGAAUUUGGCCGCUCCGACCGCGGUAGAGGGGAACCUAACGAUUGGAGACAUCACAUUCCCCGUCCCAGUGUCGGCACACCCCAGCCGUUUGCCGCAUACACGCAACCGUGAUGUCCUAGACUUCAAGGAUCCGGUCAAUUUGAACAAUCUAUAUUUCAUGAUGCAGAAGUAUCUGCUGGGACAGGAUGUUUUCUUGGUUUCACAGCCUGGGCCUUACGCGCGAAGACUGGCGCUGACGUUUGCGAGCUUGAUCAAUGCUGAGUACGAAUUCAUUGCCCUGCACAGAGAUGUGGGGGAGACCGAGCUGAAACAGGGCCGAGAGAUCAGGGCUGGAGGAAAUCUGGUUUUUGUGGAUAGCCCUGCGGUUAGAGCCGUGAAGAACGGUCGCCUGCUCAUCCUCGAGGGAAUAGAGAGAGCAGAACGCGGAAUAAUGCCACUGCUUAAUAACUUGUUGGAGAAUCGUGAAAUGAAUCUCGAGGACGGCACCCACAUCAUUCACCCGCACCGGUACGCACAACUGGACGUCACCAAAGACGAUAGCGGAAACAUCUUCAUUCCUGCCCACAAGAAUUUCCGUGUCAUCGCAAUCGCGGCUCCAGUUCCACCGUUUCCUGGUUACCCAUUGGAUCCACCCUUUCGCAGCCGGUUCCAGUCUCGUUUCAUUGAUCCCGUCGGUGCAUUCCUGGCCUUGCCAGCCAAAGCAUUGGACGUGCCGCCGAUCUUGGAGUCACGGCUCCGAGAGCUGAUUCUUUCGACACAAUACGCGUCUGAGUCGCGUGACGCGUUGUCCGCGGUGUCCAGAAGUGUGCUGCCGCCGUUUCCUCAGACAGCGCUCCAGAAAUUGCGAGCUCUCGUGGAGAGCUUUCGCCCGCCGGAGUCUCUUUCGCCGUCGCAGCUGGCUAGAUUAUUCGUAACGCUGCAUCCGGAGCUCGUUUUCGCUCCAUUCCAGUCCUGGGCUAUCCUCAGUCGCCAAACUGAAGAGGCUGGAUUGGGUCCAUUGGGCAGUCCUGCGCUGUCUGAUGGCACCGGACUGUUCGGUUACAAACUCUCGAGCAUCAGGCGCGCGUCCGAAUCGUCGGCCGUCCUCACUUUCAGUCACGCGCAUCUCCCCGCUUGUUCACUCGAUGCCCCCGCCGGCCCCGGGCCCAUGCUCAAGUUCCCGUUUUCUGCUCUGACGGCAUUCACCCCGUCUGAGCGGUUCGUGGGGCUUCUCACGAGCUUUUUACAGGCACACGCGCUGGGGUGGGACAUCAGCCUCAUCCCCUCCGCUGCGCCAGCCACCGCGACAUCGAGCACCAGUACCCUCGUCAGAGCGUUUGCAGAACUACUCGGAUACUCUCAGCACAUGGAAGUGACACACAUGUACAAAGAGCUCGGGGGCCGGGAGCUGUUGAUGCGGAGAAGGAUACUCGACGGAGGGGCCACGUCCUGGGAGCCUAGUGGCCUUGUCCAAGCUGUGUGGGCCGGGAAGCUGGUCCAUCUCUCUGGAUUGGAUGUUAUCGGGGCAACAGCUGGAUCCAUCUCGUGCUUGUUCCAAGACCGUCAAGUUGAGCUAUGGGAUGGUAAAAGAAUCGUGUCUCAAGCCACUCAAGAAGAGCUCAGCAAGUCCGAUGAACUGUCUGUUGCCCACCCGUCAUUCAGAGUGAUCUCGACCGCAUCCAAGUCGCUUCCUCUGAAAGAUUGGCUGGCUGCUGAACACGCAAACAUGUUCUUCCCCGUUCCAGCUCAACCGAUGGAGCACGAAGAAGAACUGGCAGUCUUGCUUUCCACCGGCUGUUCUCCCUAUCUCGCCGCGCUCAUGCUUGAGUUUGCCGAACGUUACCGGGAAAGUCUCUCCGAGGACAGUGUGCAGAAGAACCGGAAGUUGGGCACCAGAUCUCUUGUGCGAAUCGCUAAGCGGUUUGCUGCGAGUGCUGGAGAAAGUGAAUUACGUGGGAUCCUCAGUCGAACCUUGUUGCUCGAGUUUUUACCAUCCAUCGAGCGGAUGAACAUCGACGCGAUCUUUGAAGAAGUCGGCUUGCUUGUCAUGCCUCCAACUUACAACCCAAGCCCGUUCGUCCAGGGCGAUACUUUAGUGUUCCCAGCCCCAACUUCGACAAUAGAAGAAACCUAUCAGACAGAUAUCCCGCUCUUUAAUGUGGCCGAGGAUCUGGACGGUGUCAGAUCGCAUGUUCCGUAUAUGGACCAUUUCUACGACAACAGUCUACAAACAGACCUCAUGAGGAAUAUUGCUCUUGACCUCGAGCUGCUGGGUGAGCACAUCGUUCUUCUAGGAAAUCAGGGAGUGGGGAAGAACAAGAUCGUCGAUAGACUGUGCCAGUUGCUCGGCCGACCCCGAGAAUACAUCCAGUUGCACCGGGACACGACUGUCAACCAGUUGCUGUUCACCACCUCUAUAGAAAACGGGGUGCUCAAAUACACCGACUCUCCGCUGCUUCGUGCCAUUUCUCUGGGCCGGAUCAUCGUCAUUGACGAAGCAGACAAAGCACCUGAGCACGUCGUCGCGAUCUUCCGAAGCCUUGCCGGGCAGGGCGAGCUCAGCUUGUCUGACGGACGCAGGGUUCGGACUCAACGCAGGGAGCCGACCGACAUAGUCGUGCAUAAGAACUUCCGCUUGGUCCUUUUAGCCAACCGGCCCGGAUAUCCAUUCCUGGGAAACCACUUCCUGCAGGUCCUGGGGGAAACAUUCAGCGCGCAUUCAGUGACGAAUCCUGACCAGCAGUCGGAGCGCAUUCUGCUGGCUCAGCUUGCGCCCGAACUGGACGAGGACCUGAUUUCCCGCUUGGUCGGCGCGUUUCAUGACUUGCGAGUCGGUUAUGACUCCGGGGCGCUGAACUAUCCUUACUCGCUGAGAGAGCUCAUCAACAUCGUGAAACACAUGCAAGCGUUCCCUAAGGAUACUCUGGGAGAUACUCUUAGAAAUGUAUUCGACUUUGAUGUGUACCGGCCGGAAACCACAGAACAACUUGCGGCGAUACUUGAACAGCAUGGCCUAUCUGUCGCGCAUCUCGGCCUAUCUGCCGCACGUGAAGCCGCAUCCAAGGAGAUUGAGGACGUCAAAUUCGAGCCAAAGGAGACUGAUCUAGACGAACCCAAGGAAGGAGAUCACGACAACGAGGAGCACCAAGGUGGCAACAAGUGGGCCGGCGGAACGGGCGGGCGUGACACUGCUGGACUGGGAGGACGCGGAGGAUACAAGCGGCUCUACAAAGGUGGCAACAUAAAGCAGGUCUCAGAUGAGCUCAAGGAGCAGGUCCCCGACCACAUCCGUGAAAAGGCCCGUGAAAUGGCACGGCAGGAACUGCAACGGCGGUUGGAGGAGUUGGACAUGAGUGUCGGGGAUGCCGCAGGCUAUGGCCAGCUCCUCACAGCGACUCAGGCUCACAUGGUCUCGCUCUUUGAUCUGCUCGAGCAUCUGCGCAGGAAGGAGGAGGAACGGAUCUGGGUUAGACGACAGACUGACGGAGAAUUAGAUGACACGCGUCUCACGGAAGGUCUGACUGGCGAAGCCACGGUUUACAAGCGACGGGGGAUGGAGAAACCUGAACUCGGUGGACCUCAGAUCAAGCCCAAGCGCAUCCGCUUUAUAUUCGAUCUCAGCGCCUCGAUGUAUCGAUUCCAAUACGACGGUCGCCUCCAACGCAGUGUCGAGACCGCGGUUAUGCUGAUGGAGACCUUCGACCGACUGUCCAGGAAGGACAAGUAUGUUUGGGAUAUGUGUUUCAGUCCGGAGAUGGUUCAGACAUCAUGCUUGUUGAGAUGAACAAGCCGCCAGCCGACAUGAAGGAAAGGUGGAAAGUCGUUGAGAAGAUGCAGAUGAUACCACAGUAUGCUUUCGGUGGAGACUACACUGUGGAAGCAAUUGAACGUGGUGUCAAAGAAGUCGCGACAUUUGACGCAGACGACUGGUUCGUCAUAGCGAUCACAGACGCGAAUUUCGAACGCUACAUGAUCAAGCCUGAAGAUGUUGCUCGCGCCAUGAAGAAGGAUCCCAAAGUCCAUGCAGCACUCAUAUGCAUCGGUGAAGGUGCCGAAGCUGCCUGGAUCACACGCAGUCUUCCGGGUCGCGGCUUCCGUGUGGCCAAUACUGCAGACAUUCCAACGGUCCUAAGAACGAUAUUGUCGACAAUGGUGGAUCGUUAGCCCCGUCGGUCGUUACAAUACAGCAGUAUAGAGUACAAAGAUGGAAGUUAGUGGAGAUGAGUGAGCCGGAACAUGAAUUGGAAACUGUAUUGCUUGGUGUCUGGGUCCCAGUGGGACCAAUUCCAGUACCCAGCAUCAUCAGUCUCAUCCUCGAUCUCCCGCGCUGGAAUUCGGAACGCAAUGGUUUCAUACGGCUCUGCAGCGACCUACAGGAUUCGAGACCAUUAGCGCAAAAUGCAGAACGUAUGACGACUGCUCACGAUGAGAUAUUGGAAGGCCUUGUUCGGUGGUUCGCGUUUCUGCUCCCAAGCGCUCAUGAAUCUCCGCCUCGGCAAAACACCCUCUUUGAUCUGGGGCAGAUGCACUUGGACCAUCAUGCCCUCCUUGCCCGUGUCCCCAUCUCGAAUCUUUGUCACUCGAUACCCCGGUCGGCCAAUUUUAAGAAACACCUUCCGAGCCACUGUGUUCUGCGUCGGUGCAACCAUGAGCUGAGUGUCUUUGGCAUCCCGAGCAGCACGCCGGGCGAGGUUGGUUUGGUGUUUUUUGCCCUGAGUGUGCGCCAGGUAGGAGCCCUCGUUGGUGUGCAGAGUCAGACACAGUCGACAUUCUAGGGAGCCGAGAUGGUUGCGGAGGAUAUAAGGGUCUUUCGCAAGGUCGAUAGUCUCGAGUGCCAGCUUCCGCAGACGUUCACGGCGAUCGACAUUGCUUUCGCUGGCCCCAGCGACACCUCCACCACCGAAUUUUGAGCCCACACGGUUCUACGGAGAAAAAGUCAGCCGUGGCUCACAGCGCUAUGAUACGCAACUCACCCAUAUUUUGUCGUGGCUGAAGCUAACAAGACGCGCUUGAUCGCAUCAGGCGCAGGACGCAGCACUCCACGGUCAAACUUCCAUCCAACAACCAACUCGCCGUGUCAGAUCCUGUCGGUUUACCCUGCAGCUGACCUUGGGAACGAUUCAGACCAUUUGGAUUUUGUUUCUCCUUGCAGUGCUUUUCCUAUCGUUCGUUAUGCUUUGUAGAGUGAUAAGGCGGCAUCAGCGGUUGGCACUUCAAGUUGCCCGCGCGAAUAUGGAGCCUAUUUACAUGAUCUGGGGCGACUGUAGCCGCCGUGUAGAUAAUUAACGUCCCGUACGAUUGCCCUGUAAACCCCAAGGUUGCGUUUCAUGUACGGAUUGUGAAAUUCAGAUGGGCACCGGUUACGGCUGAUAAAUAAUGAUUUGAAGACCGUUGGCUUUCACUUCAUGCGGCGAUGGCUACUGAAGUAGCCUCCAUGCCUGCUAGCGUCACCUCCGCUCUAGACGUUCACGAGACCAUCCAGGAGGUCGUCUCUGCAGCACCGGAUGUCUUGCCCACAGGACUAGAGAAAAUCGUUUCUCCAGAAGAUGAAGCUCCAAGUCCGUCGCGUGGUCCAUCCCUGUCCACUUCCGCUACGGAGCCGCUUUCCGAUGCCACCAGCGUGCAAUCCAUGCCUGCCGUCCUCGUCACCGACACCACAGUGGAGUCUGAAGCGAGGCGCGCCCGCCGUGCAUCCACUCUACAGAAUGACGAACUCGCACCUCCCUCGCCCUCGUCUCCAUCUCGGUCGACUCACGAGUCAUCUCAAUUGACACCAUCCGAGCGCAGGAACCGACAUAGGUCUGCUAUCGACACGCGGCCGAAUAGACUGUCAGGUUUUUUCACGAACUUGAUACACCGACGCGAGACACCGUCUACAAAUGUGCAAAGAGGAGCUACGCCGCGCAGUGAACAGCCUUCGCCUACACCUUCUCCCCUCGCGCAUACGCCCACAACCCCAUCGCGUCCCAGUUCACCGCCACCGACUCGUCCAAGCACUCCACCACCGCGCUUGCCCCCACCGACCCUUCGAGAACUCGGAUUGUCGCUCUCUGUUGUAACCGAAGAUCUUUCCCCUUCUCAUUUCAGUACCCCUCCUACGAGCGGUACCUUUCUUGCGCCGCAUUAUCUUUUAUUGUGCCACGCGCAGGGACUCGAUGUCCUUCCACUCGUUACACCUCCCAUUUCCCAGCCCUAUGCGCUCGUUCGACGCGUGAGCUUCAAAUCUGUCGUCGUGAUGGAACAGCGGGGCGUCCUUGUCGCCAUCGCGGGGCGCCGAGACGGUGUUCGGGUGUAUGCGCUCGAAGAGGUCAAAAAGGCUAUUGAAUGGCGGAUGGACGUUGAAACACGUCGGGAGCGAGAGCGGCAGCGACGCGACGUGAAAAAGAUGCCGUUCGCACAUAUGGACUUGGAUGGCCACCGGGACUCGACCGAGAAGAACAGGAAAACAAGUCUGUCGACGCCCCCGCCCGGCGAGGCAAUGUCGGCUCGGGGAAAACUUCCUCGCAAAGCCUCCCAAGCAUCAAUACCUCCAUUACCGCCACCGCCGUCUGCGACUCCUGCCGUGCCUUUGGUGCCUCGGACGCCCACCAUCAAACGGUUCAAGUCUCCGCGCCUGGCCCCCUCACCAACUCCUGAGCCAUCGGGCCAUCCUCCGCCCUACAGUCAUUCGGAUGCCGGCGGCUCGCGGCUGGUGGCACCCAUUCAAACUCGGUCCCGAUCGGGUUCAGUGACGAAUGUGUUAGCUGCUGCGGCGAGAACACCGCCACAUGACAUGGACACCAAAGCGGAACUGGUCGAAUCCAGUGACGAUGAGGCCAUUAAUGUCGUGGCGGCCGGAGCCAGUGGUAGUCAAGCUUUGGACGAGCGGACUAGCGCGCGGCUAUCGGCUAAUCUGGCUGGGGUCCAGCCUCAAAUCGCCGCAACUGCGAGUCAGCCAGUUCCUGGUGGAGCAGGACGGCGGAAUCGGCCUGCGAAUCUCGAUCUUUCUCUUUCCAUCCCGUCGACGGGAGCCCAGAUCGCCCCGUCAGAGCCAUCGCCGGCUCCAACCCUGCUGACCCUCCGGCAGGCAUUGUCAAACUCUCCGUCGCGCCGCCUAGAAACCGAUCCAGAUACACCGUUCUUUGGUGAUCUUGACGAGGAGGACGAAGAUGUCGACGGACAGAUCAGUCUGGCGGAGGCACUGUUGGAAAGUCGAAUCCCUGAUUUGCCGCCCGCUGGGAGCAGGCAAGCUCAGCAGCCGAUCAUGUUGCAAGACGACGAGCCAGGUAGCCCGAUCACAUCUGAGCACUCGCUGCCCAUCCACGGCCCGUCAAGUUCGACUGAGCGCCCAACCAGGAGGAGAUGGUCCCUGCUCGUUGGCUCGAGCCCACCGGAGACAUCGAAUCCCUCUGGUGUCUCUAUGACCCGGGCACGGUCAUUCCGAUCGAGCCAAUCGGUUGUUUCAGCCGUGCAGGCGUCGGCAUCGGCUUCGGCGCCAUCGAGCCGACCCACGACCAGCUCGACGUCGCCUGCGGCGUUGAUCUCCACGGAGCCUACUACCGGGCCAGCGGCAACGUCGGCCCAGCCCGUUGUCCCACUGCGGACCUCGGUGUCGUCCUCAAGAUCGUCGAGGUUCAUACCCCGGAUCCUCACGAACGCCUUCCAGAGUCGGCGGGGUGACGAGCGCCCGCCGCUGCCGGCAUUGACAGUGCCUACUGACCCGGAUGUCCGCCGAAGUGGCAUGACUCCGACCUCAUCAGCGAUGCCACCGCCGAAGCUGGAGUACGUGAAGCUGCCUGGGACCAAGGGAGCGCUGACAAUCAAGUCGGUGGAGACGCCCAAGAAGAGCUUCCUUGCGAUUCUGUGCGGUGAGAACGGCGAGAAGGUUGAGCUCUUUGCUGGGACGUACCGAACCGCACUGGGGCUUUCUCGCACGUUCAUUCUCCCCGACUCGCCGCGACUGCUCGAGCUCCAGCUUCAAGGCGAUGACCUCGUCGAAGUCUUCCUUGUGUUCGGCCAGAAUGUAUUCGGGCUCGAGCCGGCGACUGUCCGAGUCAGGGAAGUCCGCAUCGGCCGAGCUGAACGCCGGGCUGCGAGACGCAGAGCAAGGGAAGUUCGGGCCGGAGAAACCGAACCUGGAGGCGAGGACGACGUCACCACGGUCGACGUCACGAUCGUCGCCACGACAGGCAACGCUGCAAACGGCGAUUCUGCUGAUCACCCUGCCACUCCCACACUGGUGGCUGGCGAGCAUCCUGAUGCAGCUGAUACAAACUCCGAUCCGGUCAAUGGCGAAACUGGGAAUGACACAACAGCAGCAGCCGCAAUCGGAGACGAGCUGACCACUGUUGCGAAUGCGAAGAUGGGACCUUACACCACGUUCCAGCAGCUGAAUUUUGCUCCCCGGUUCCCCCUGGCUUCGAUCGCUGAUGAUUACAUCAUCCCUCCCACCUAUCCUGAUUUCUUGGAAUACAAGAGCGCGCACGAACCAGAGGCCAUCGCCAGUGGUGAUUUAGCCCAGAUCCAGUUUUCACCGCCUGGAUUGCCUGUCCCUGUAGCCACGGCACCGUCUCGAUGGUAUUACCGGGACCCCAAGAACAACAUUCACGGUCCCUGGAAGGCUUCGUUGAUGCAAGCAUGGUACAAGGAUGGCCUACUUCCGCCGGACUUGCCGGUUCGACGAGAGGAAGACACUGACUACCUACUGCUGAAAGAUCUCCGCCUCCAGAGCGUCGAUCCAUCUCACCCAUUCCGCAUUAUCUCCCCGUCCGCACCACCGGCGUCGCUUGACUCGGAAAAGCCGUUGUUGUCGCCCAUCUCACUGCUAGCGCAGCCACGGCAUUUCGGGCCGCCAGCCUUGUUCUUCUCGACACGUGGCGGUCACAGCACAGCUAUUGUCGACGCUCGCGGGCGGUCAGUGCUCAAAGGCCGGUUCGUCUGGAGUGAUGAAGCGGGGGACCUUGCGUCACGGAUGGGCGAUGUCAAGCGGUUGGAGGCGUUUGAUGUCAAGGACCGGUCAGUGCUGGUAGCUAUGCGCCAGGGCGGUCUGGAGGCUGUUGAUCUCGGCGAUGCACUCCUCCGCCCUGCCGAUGGGUCGAGGACGGCGCUUCCCCAGUUCCAUCCCCCCUAUUCCAACAUCAACCGUCGGGGUCCCUUUGUGUGGAAGAUGGGCAUGCCUGUUUCGGCGCUCGGGACCAAUUCUGCGACCGUUCUUUCCUCCCAUCGCAAAGCCGGCAGCGCCUUCUCCACGCAUCUGCCCGGGAAGAAGUCGAGCUCGGCUGUUGCGAAAUCGCCGGGCCGGGUUGAGUUCUCCGCGGGCGAGAGCGAGGUUGAGAUGACAGACGAAGUGCUUUUCUUGGGCCGAAAAGAGGACGAGAUCUAUAUAUGCGAGCGCAAUGCUGGAUCAUUCCGCAUAUUGCGACUAGGUCCCAACUUACUGCUGGGUUAA